AUGGCUGAGAAGGUAGAUUACUUAACAUUGUUCAAUGAAUAUGAAUCAGACAUCAAUCAGGUUAGAGAUCAGAGUUACGCAACUGAACAGAAGCUGGUUAUGUUGGAGAAUGUAGUUAAUGAGAUGCCUAAGGAAAAUAAGUUAAGAAAUUUAACUGAUUUGCUGGUUGUUGGUCCAAACGAUAGGAUUUUUAUCGAGCGAAACCGGGAAGAAGGCCACAAUAAUCUUUGGAAUGAUUAUUUUAGUGACACUCCCACAUAUCCAGAAUAUUUAUUCCCGCGACGGUUUCGCAUGCACAAGCCACUGUUCAUGCGAAUUGUGCAAUGUCUCUCUACCAAAAUCGAAUAUUUCCCCCAAACCCAGGAUGCAACCGGAUGGGCUGGUCUUUCACCUAUACAAAAAUGUACUGCAGCAAUUCGUCAAUUGGCAUAUGGUACUUCGUCUGACAGUGUUGACGAGUAUGUCCGAAUUGGUGCUUCGACAGCUCGAGAAUGUUUGCACGAAUUUACCGCCGGCAUCAUCCAAGUGUUUGGAGAUGAAUACUUAAGACGUCCUACACAGGAGGAUCUACAAAGACUACUCUUUCAGAAUGAACAGCGUGGAUUUCCCGGGAUGAUUGGUAGCAUUGACUGUAUGCAUUGGGGGUGGAAGAAUUGUCCCACGGCUUGGAAAGGCAUGUAUUCACGGUCAACCGGAAAACCUACAAUUGUGUUGGAAGCAGUAGCUUCGUAUGACCUCUGGAUAUGGCAUGCCUUUUUUGGAGCUCCAGGUACUAUGAACGAUCUUAAUAUUCUUGAUCGAUCUAAUGUUUUUGAUGACAUAAUAACCGGUCAAGCUCCGGAAGUCAACUUUGUUGUCAACGGAAGGGAGUACAACUUGGCGUACUAUCUCACUGAUGGUAUUUAUCCAAAUUGGGCAACUUUUAUUCAAUCAAUCCGACUUCCACAAGGUAGGAAAAAAUCUCUCUUUUCUAAAAAACAAGAAGCUGUUAGGAAAGAUGUUGAGCGUGCCUUUGGAGUCUUGCAAGCUAGAUUCGCCGUUAUUAAAAAUCCGUCUCGUUUAUGGGAUAAAAACAAAAUGGCAAAUGUAAUAAGAUCAUGCAUAAUACUCCAUAAUAUGAUUGUCGAAGACGAACGACAUACAUACAGUUACCGAAACAUUAUUUCUGAAUUUCAACACGGAGAACAUGUGGAUCAAACAUUUACCGUUGGUGCCGCCGGUGUGGGUUCAAAUAUCAGCAGUACGAUUACUCGUCAAACAAGACUUCGGGAUAAACAAGCUCAUGAUCAACUAAAACAUGAUUUGAUUGAGCAUAUUUGGACAAACUUUGGACAUCUUCCGGAUAAUGAAGUUUGAUUUUAA